UACUCUUUUUCUAUUGAUUCCCAUUAACUUCAGCGUUACGUUCAAGCUUUUCCAUCCUCUUUUUUCGCCAAAAAAAAUGGUUGGCGGUGAUGGGGCGGAGCAAUUCAGAGCAGCAAGCACCGCCGGCAUAGCACCGUCGGAUAAAGCGGCGAGUUUUAAGGAUGUGGGCGCGUGAAUUUAUGAUGGGAUUGCUUGAGAUGAGCGUGGAAUUCGGGAGAGGCUGUAGGGAUGUUGUGCGGCAGAGUUUAGUCACAGAGGAUUCGUUCUUAGUGAGGAAUUUUGGUAAGGAUUCUUACAUGGGUCGAAAAAUCAAGGUUCCUAAAGACAAUGUUUUGAGGAGGCUAAGGUCGUUUAAUGAGCACUUGGUUCCAGAAGACAAAGAUCCUUUGCAUGCUUGGUCUGUGAUUCUGUCCGUCUUUGUUCUUGCUCUUGCAGUCUUGAGUGCAAGUAUAGAGCAUGAUACUGCAAUCCCAGUGGUGAAGAAAGUGUAUAUACACCCUCCGAGUGCGGAUCGAAUAAUUCUACCGGAUGGUAGAUAUAUGGCGUAUAGAGAACAAGGUGUUCCAGCUGAUAGAGCUAGAUUUUUUAUGAUUGUUCCUCAUUCGUUUCUUUCUUCACGACUUUCAGGGAUUCCCGGACUUAAGGCUUCGUUACUGGAAGAAUUUGGUGUGCGGUUGUUAACAUAUGAUCUUCCGGGUUUUGGUGAGAGUGAUCCUCACCCAUAUCGGAACCUCGAGUCAUCAGCAUCGGAUAUGUCGUUCUUAGCAAAUGCCCUUGGUGUUAGUGACAAGUUUUGGGUAGUUGGAUACUCAACUGGUAGUUUGCAUGCCUGGGCUGCUCUCAGAUAUAUUCCCGAUAGAGUUGCAGGUGCAGCUAUGUUUGCUCCAAUGGUUAACCCCUAUGAUCCACUGAUGAAUAGAGGGGAAAAAUAUGGAACCUGGGAAAAGUGGUCUCGGAAAAGGAAAUUUAUGUACUUUUUGGCUCGAAGGUUUCCUAAAUUUCUAUCUUACUUCUACAGACAAAGCUUCCUCUCUGGAAAAUAUGGUCAGAUUGAUCAAUGGCUAGCAUUGACCCUGGGUAGAAGGGAUAGGGCUUUGAUAGAAGACCCUAUCUAUGAAGAAUUCUGGCAAAGGGACGUUGAAGAAUCAAUCCGACAAGGAAAUGAGAAACCUUUCAUGGAGGAAGCUGUAUUGCAAGUCUCUAAUUGGGGAUUCAGCCUUGCAGACCUCAAAUUGCAGAAGAAACAGAGAGGGAAAGGCAUCUUGAAUGUGAUCAGGUCUUUGCUAAGCGGCUCUGAGGAAGAAUAUACCGGUUUUCUUGGUCCGAUACACAUAUGGCAGGGGAUGGAUGACAAAGUUGUCCCACCUUCGAUGACCGAUUUCGUUCAUAGGGUUCUGCCAAGUGCUGCAGUGCAUAAACUCCCGUACGAGGGUCAUUUUACGUAUUUAUACUUUUGCGACGAAUGCCAUCGACAGAUUUUUACCACACUUUUUGGAACUCCUCAAGGACCUCUCGCUCUCGUCGAUACUAUACAAGUAGAACAAACAGCAUUGGAUGAUGCAGAAUUGGAAAACGAAAGCCAGGGUGAUUUCAAGACAGAUUGAGAUACCAAAGUUCUCUACAAUAGGUAUGAGUUUUGAGGUGUAAGAUUGUAUAUAGCAUAGGUUUGUUCCAUUGUUAUCAGAAAAUGGUUAGAGGAAUAUAAUUUUCUUAUAUGUUUAUGUGUCUAUGGGAUUGAGAUC